GAUGUAGUUGAGACACAGUUCGGUGAAAUAAGGAAGACUUUUCGAGAAAGCAUCGAAAAAACAAUGAAACACCACAAACACCCGAUGUUUCAACACCUACUUGGAAAAGUAUCCCACAAAGCCCUUGACUUGUUGCAUGGAGAGGCAAUUAGGAAGCUAGAUGUCUUGGAGCGCUUUAAUUCAUCAUGUGGUUGCCAAAUGUGGCACAGCUGUGGGUUGCCCUGUGCUUGUAGGAUAGAAAAGUACAUGCGUGAAGAGCGUCCGAUUCAACUCGAAGACAUAGACGUCUUCUGGCGGAAACUUAACUUCCAAAGUUGUAAAUUGAUAGACGACUCCCUUGACGUGGUCGAAGAGCUAGAUGUUGUUAGACAACAAUUACAGUCGCACCCCCAGCUCAGCAAAAAAGCCUGCUUUCAAAGAUUAAAGCGGUGUUGACUCCAACGAAAUCUACCAAGAAACCACCGGUUGUCCAACAAAAUACUCGUGGCCGACCAACAACAAAGCAGGUACAAGAAAGGUUGGACGAGGCCUCUCGUAUAGAUGAAGAAUUGAGGAGAAGCUCCUUCGGUGAUGCAAACACGUGCUUUGAAGGUUCACGACAAAGUAAGUACGAUAAACCUCGCCACAG